AUGCAGCCGCAAACAAACACCGCAAACACAUCCCGAUGUUCCCCCUUCCAACCUGCAGCUUCCAACGCUGGAGAUGCUGGAACAUUCACGGAUCCUCUCCUGCACGCUUCCAAUCACCGUCAACACAAUGGGCGAAAUCGGAUGCUGCUCUCCUCUCAGGGAUCCUCCUCUCGGGCCUAUCAUGUUUUGCCGGAUGCUGAUGUCCCUGGCUCCCUGUCAAGAUCGUCCCCGCUUGCUCUUCCCCCUCUAUGGCGGAUGUGGCAUCUGCUCCCCCUCCGUGAUUGA